UAUAAUAUUACCUUCAAGUUGCUAUUUUUUUCUAAUUAGAAAUUUUUUUCUACCCGAAUUUAGCAUUAUAUAACCUCAAUACUGAAGUUCAUUAGUUCAGACAUAAACGUCGGCAAAAAAAAAGUUCAGACAAAAUCCAACGUCUCACAAAACAUGUCCGAACUCACUCCAAUCACUGACCCUUACGCUUAUCUCAGCAUCACCAAAAACCCAGACGGCACCAUCACACGCGACCUCACCAAAUUCCAAUGCACCCCAGCCACACCCAACCCCUCCCCACAAAACGCCGUCGUAUCCAAAGACAUCUCCAUUAACCACUCAACCUCCACGUGGAUGCGUCUCUACAUCCCUUCCUCCACCCUAAACGACACCGUCUCACCCCCAAAGCUCCCUCUCAUAAUCUACUACCACGGCGGAGGAUUCGUCCUCUGCAGCGUCGACCUCCUCGUCUUCCACGACUUCUGCUCCGCCAUGGCGCGCGACCUCAACGCCGUCGUCGCCUCCCCUUCCUACCGCCUCGCUCCCGAACACCGUCUCCCGGCGGCGUACGACGACGGCGCGGCGGCGAUGGCCUGGAUCCGAACCUCGGAGGACGAUUGGAUCGGAUCUCACGCCGAUCUCUCCAACGUCUACCUCAUGGGAACUAGCGCCGGCGGGAACUUGGCGUACAACGUCGGGAUCAGAUCCGCCGCCACCGAUCUGAGUCCGUUACGGAUCCGCGGGAUGAUUCUUCACCAUCCGUUCUUCGGAGGGGAGGAGAGGUGCGGAUCUGAGAUUAGGCUUGUGGAUGAUCAGGUUUGUCCGACGAGUGUUUCCGACGUGUUCUGGGAGCUUUGUUUGCCGGCGGGAGUUGAUCGGGAUCAUGAGUAUUCGAAUCCGACGGUGGGGGAGGGAUCGGGGGGUUUGGAGGAGAUUGGACGGUUGAGAUGGAAGGUGAUGGUUGUUGGAGGGGAGGAGGAUCCGAUGGUGGAUAGGCAGAGACACGUGGCGAAAAUGUUGAGGAGGAAGGGUGUGGAAGUUGUGGAGGUGUUUAAUGAGGGUGAUGUUCAUGGGGCGGAGAUUGGAGAUCCGGUUAAGCGUAAACCUUUGUUUGUUUCCAUCGGGAAAUUUAUUUCCGACGAUGGACUGUAACGUUUUAAAAUUUUCAUGAAAUGAAGCUUUGCUAAAGGCCCAAUAGUUGACGGCCCAAUAGUUGAGGCCUAUGAAAUAAAAUCUUUUUAACUAGAUCAGUUUGUGUAAAUUUAUAUUCGAUAGAGCAUGUUUAUUUGGAGUUCUUAGC